AUUAUGUGGAGAGACUGGCUGUGUUUUAAUGGGCGAACUCUGUGGCUGUAAAAUGAGGGAAGGAUAGUCCUAGUUGGGGAAAACAUGCUUGUUUGGAAACUAGACAGCACAUCUCACUGAAAUCACGGACAUGUGGCGGUGAAGAUGGGGGACUGGAACUUGUUGGGGAGCAUUUUAGAAGAGGUUCACAUUCACUCCAGCAUUGUGGGGAAAAUCUGGCUGACAAUCCUGUUCAUAUUUCGGAUGUUGGUUCUUGGUGUAGCGGCAGAGGACGUUUGGGUGGACGAGCAGAGUGAGUUUGUCUGCAACACGGACCAACCGGGAUGCAAGAACGUCUGCUACGACCAGGCGUUCCCAAUAUCGCUAAUUCGCUUCUGGGUACUACAGAUAAUUUUUGUGUCCUCACCCUCAUUAGUGUACAUGGGACAUGCUCUGUACCGGCUUAGGACUAUGGAAAAAGAGCGGCACAAGAGAAAAAUCCAGCUGAGAGCGGAGCUGGAAGAGAUGGAGCCCCUUUUGGAGGAGUACAAGAAGUUGGAGAAGGAACUGAGAAGGUUAGAAGAACAGAAGAAAAUUAAAAAGGCUCCUUUGAGGGGCUCCUUACUGCGGACAUAUAUCAUUCAUAUCCUUACCAGAUCAGUGGUGGAAGUGGCGUUCAUUGUGGGGCAGUAUAUCUUAUAUGGGAUAGGUCUGGAUCCUUUGUACAAGUGCAAGAGGGUGCCUUGCCCAAACAGCGUGGACUGUUACGUGUCAAGACCGACAGAGAAGACCCUCUUCAUGGUUUUCAUGAUUGUCAUCGCAGGGGUUUCUUUGUUCCUGAACCUACUGGAAAUAUCUCACUUAGGGGUGAGAAAAAUUAAACGGACUCUAACCGGUCUCCAUCUUGAGGACGAUGUUCUUUGCAAACCAAAGCACCAUUCAACCAUUCAGCAACUGUGCGUGAUGACAGAAUUAUCACCCCACAAAAAAACACAGUUGAAAGCUUUUAUCCAAAAGGGGCAAAAGGACCCUCCACAAAUGUUUCCAACCAGUGCUUAUUCAGGUUCAAGCAAUGAUGUGCUGAGGCACAACAGUGUGGCUGCGGCCACCCUCCCGGUGUCCUGCAUAACACAACAGCCUCGUCAAAUGCUACAACCCAGCCAGGGCAUGAUCCAUGAACUACAUUCCCAAGCUUCCAUGGACCAGCUCGAGGAUAGGGACAACCAAAACCAUCUAGAAAAUAGUAUUGACUCGGAAAGGGACAUUAGGCCUUUAAACUCGGGUCAUCAGGGUCAAUAUGCCCAAUGGCCCAGCCAUCCUGAAAUACCAGCUUGCCUUCGCAACACUCUAAACAGGCCCAGUCGUGUGCCGGACCUGGGGGAUGAUGGUAUGGAAUCCUCUGAAAGCGACUACCAUCCACAAAACAGGAAGGCCAGUUUCAUGGCCCGUAUGCCCUCAGAUAGCAUGUCCGGCAGUCCGUCCUGUCCAUCCACAAGGAGUUCGGAGUCCGAGCUAGGCUCCCUCAAUGACCUGCCUAUGAACCCACCUCCAGGAGGACGACGGAUGUCUAUGAGUGUGUUCUUGGAUAUCUCUUCCAUCAUGAAAAAAUGAAAGAGAGGAGGACAGGAAAGACAACAGGAAUGUAACAGUCCGUUCAUGAGCAGAAAUGAAUGGCGAUAUCAGCGACAAAGUGUUUAACUCUGAUCUGCUCUGCUUGGAAAGCACUGGUUUUAAUGCAGCUUAUUGUGGUACAAGUAGUGCUGUUUCAUACCGUUUAUUUUUUUUAUAAGCACCUUAAUUUACCAGUAAAGCAUGGAGUACAUCUUUUAGAUUUCUAAUGAU